AUCCGCAGAGCUCUUCCUGUGCUACGGAGCGCCAUCGUGUCGCAGGUCGUAUCUGCAGCAACUAGUCAGGCGGGCGGGUGGGUAUGGAUUAGGUUUGCCCACUUACUUCUCCUAUUCUUCCUCACAGAGGCGGUAUUCAGGCCGCGUGAGAUGAGGGAGUAAAUGUUGGCGCUGAGGCGGUGAUCUGGCUCUGCUGAGGUGGGGGUGGGGAUGGGGGUGUAGGCCUUGGUAGGAGCCGUCGAAGUUGGGUGACGGCGAAGGCCGGACCGUGGGUUGGAACCGCAGCGAUCGCUGCCGUGAUCAGCUCUCUAGCUUGUUCAGUCUUCCACCUCCUGACUUCCAUCUGGUUCAGUGACGAUCACCACGGAGUUUUAUGAUACACGAGUUCAGUAUGUUUUAUUGUUAAAAUGUCCAUAUGGUGGUGCGCUCCCGACCCCCAACCCCGGUGUCCGUCUGACCCUUCGCUUCUAUUAAUCGUAUUUACUACAAGUGUAUGAGGCUCAGUAAACGUUUUUUUCAUAAUGACAAGAAAUUGUAAUGAAUUUGUGUGGGAAAAAUAAAAGAACUAAUUGAUGUUUAGUUGAAGAAUGAUUACUAUUUAGAUAAAUCUCUUGUUACUUACCGCAACUAAAGUAGUUAUUCGUGUGGGUUCGCUUGCGGUUUUUUAGCCAAAUUAAAGUGACGUCCAUUUAAAGGAAGAGAAAUUCCUAAAUUGUAUUCGACACCUGGCAAUUUGAUUUCCAGUAACAGAACAGAAAACAGAACGGGAAUAAAUCUUUUCGAACUAAAUUUACUGUAUGAAUUUUGAAUUGUCAGCAAAGGUACGUCCCAGGCUUUUGGUCAAUUGUUAAACCGCUCCUAGGAUAAUUUGUUUCAGGAAGCUUCUGUAAAUGAUUUGUGGCAGCAAGUCUUAAAGGUUGCAAUAUCAAUGUAUAUUCAACUUUCUAUCUGAUUUUUCCCUUGGAUAUCUUUUUUCAAAUGAGCUGGGCCAAGUGAACUUCCAAGUUUGAUGUUGUAACUCUUAUGAAGAGAGAUGAUGCUAAGUGUUGGCCACAACAGAGGAGAUGUGUGUUCUUGAAUUUUCUGAAGCUGUUUUGUUGCGUGGAAGGAAAAUAUACUCUUUAACAAAGUAAUAAAUAUACCAUAUUGGCUAAGAAAUAAGAAUCUGGAAAUGCAUCUUUUAAAAAGAGUAACAUGACAGACUUUUUAUUGGUUCUAUCACUUCUAUAAAAGUUCGCUUUAAGACGCUUGUCUUGGUGUCUUCUGUUUCUCAAAGGCAACUUCUCUUUGGUGGUGACUUUUUCUAUUGAUCAAGCUCAGCAUGGCUGUGGUUAUCCGCUUGCAGGGGCUCCCAGUUUCUGCAGGAACCUUGGAUAUUCGUCACUUCUUCUCUAGAUUAACCAUUCCUGAUGGAGGGGUGCAUAUUAUUGGUGGUGAACUGGGAGAGGCAUUCAUUGUAUUUGCCACGGAUGAAGAUGCUCGGCUUGCCUUGAUGCGGUCGGGUGAAAUUCUCAAAGGGAACAGAGUAAAGCUAACACUAAGUAGCAGAAUUGAAAUGCAGAAUAUAAUUGAAAUGAGUCGUAAGCAAUACACACGCACUGGUGAUGUGGCCAAUUCUGGAAGGUUGGGAUUGAACAAUACUGGCACAAGUGGGUUAGGUAACAUAUCUUCUACACUAGCUGUGAACUUGGUUUCGGCUAUGCAGCAAGGAAUCGAUAGAGGUUCAUUUCAUCCCAGUGAUAUUGGAAAUUCUGAUAUGGACAACUAUGGCUCUCGCAUGGAUCCCAUGAUGAGUGGUACCGUGUCCACCAUGGCAUUAUCUUCUCCACAGAACCUUGCAGUUGGCACAUCUCACUCUAUGUCUACAUCAUUUGGCAUGACUUCCAGAGGAUUGGGGGGUAGUUCCGAUAAAUUUAAUGGCUCUACUUCAGUGGAUCCCUCUGCUGAUUCAAUUUACAGUCAAUUAAGAGAACCAAGAGCAUCUUUUAAUUCUAAUCAUCUUUAUUUACGUCUGAAAAGCCUGCCCUAUUCUGUAAGAGAGCAGCAAGUAAGAGAGUUCUUCCAUGGUUUACAAGUUGAAUCUGUUCGUCUAAUGAAGGAUUAUUGGGGCAUGAAUAAUGGAGAGGGUUUAGUUCGAUUUGCCAGUGCUUGGGAUGCAACAGAAGGAUUAAAACGUCACAAACAGUACAUGGGGCAAAGAUUUGUUCAGGUCUUUCGAGCUACAGAGUCAGAAUGGAUUUUUGAAGGAAAUGAUUUAUUUUUAGAAGAUACUCAUACCGAUAUAAACCAAGGUAAUAGAGGUCAGUCCCCUCCUCAUGAAGAAAAAUAUCAUUCCCGAAGGCGAUCAAGAUCACCACGAAGGCGCAGAUCACGAUCUCGUUCUCCUUACGAUCAAAAUUUUUAUGUGCAGUUAAAAAAUAUGCCCUAUGGUAUUUCAAAAAGAGAUGUGCAAACUUUCUUUGCUGAUUUGAACAUUGCAGAUGAUCAAAUUUAUCUUUUACAUGAUCUUGAUCAUAAAAGUACCAAGGAAGGCUUUGUGAAGUUUAAAAGUGCUGUUGAACAUCGGAAAGCUCUAAGGUAUCACAAACUAUGCAUCAGAAACCGUGCAGUUUAUGUUUAUCCCAUCUCUAAGAAAACCAUGUUAGAGUUUAUGGACCAUGUCAAGAAGCAAAGAUCAAGAGAAAGGUCAGCUUUUAACAUUGAAGAUAAAAGAUCCCUGUCGAGAGAAGAGGCUUAUUCCUCAUCCAGAGUGUACAUUUAUGCCCGUAACCUUCCUUUUGAUGUCUCCAAAUCUGAGAUUCGUAAAUUUUUUGAAGGUUUUGGUGUGGCUGAUUAUGGAAUCCAUAUACUUGUUGAUAGUAAUGGCAUUGGAUUAGGGGAGGCUGUGGUCAAGUUCAAGUCUGAGGAUGAAGUACUAAGGGCUGAGUGCUUAUAUGGUAAAAAGCUUGGAGGAAGAGAAGUUUUGCUAAAGCCAAUUUCUUCACAAGAGAUAUUUGAACUUGGUGUUGGCUCUGUGCAUGAAAGAAACAAAAACCAGAAGGAAUGGGACUAUUUUAGUUCUCAUAGUAGUGGUGGUGAUCAUUCUUUGUCUCUUGAUAUGCAUGAAUCAGCUGAGCCUUUCGAACCUUCCAGUGGUUUGGGUUCUGUGCCCUCCAUGCAAAGACCAAGAUAUAGCCAAGAAGAAGAAUUUUACAGAGGAUUCGACAUGAGAAAUGACACUUCUGGGGGCUACACUGGAGGUGGAUAUGGAUCUGGAUUUGACUCAGGCUGUCAAAGUAAUAUGAGAAUGUCCAGUGGCAAUGCUCUUGUGAAGGCUUUUAAUCUCCCUUUCACAAUCUCAGUUAAUGAAAUACUGGAUUUCUUCUAUGGCUAUCGUGUUAUUCCUGAUUCUGUCACCGUACGGUAUAAUGACAGGGGUUUACCUGCUGGUGAUGCUGUUAUUGCAUUUGAAACAGUUGAUGAAGCAGUGGCUGCUGUUCGAGAACUGAAUGAAAAGCCAAUUGGACAAAGGAAUGUCAAACUAACCUUGCUAUAAGUUUAGUGGAACCUGACAUUGUUUUUUAAUGAACAGAUUUUAGAUUCUCUGAAGUAAAAUGCAGAUGCUGUCUGGCCAUUGGUUCCACUGAAUGAAUAACUUAAUGAGUUGCUAUCUGUAACUUUCAGGCAAAUAUGUUUCAUGUUGAAGUUGGUCUUUGUUUCAGGAGUUACCGGUUGGUUCUGGUUUAACUACUUUGGGGUAUACUAUAUUUUGUCUUGAUUGCUAUAGUUUUCAAGAUUAUAUUCUAAUGUUCAGUUCCCUUGAUUUGAUGGGGUUUGAAAGUUAAAUGCUGUUGUCACAUAGAUGGUUUGGAAGUAAACGUGAGUAGUUUAGCAUGCAGAAAUUCUGCAUCAGUUUUAUUUUUCUCUGUAAAAGGAUGAUUGAGUGAAAUCUUUUAAACUCCAUCCUGAACAAUACUGUGUAACAUUUUUAAACCUUUAAUUUUUUUUUAUUGCCUACCCUGGUUUUAUUUAAGGAGAGUAGUGGUUCUCAGGUGGACAGGUACUGACGAAAUCUUACUCUAACUGUGCCCUUAAUAUGAAUGCGUAAUUUCAUUAAUUGACUUAAAAGCAUAUGUGCAUUGUGUCAAUCAACAAAAUGGGGACCAGGUCAGCUAGUAUAAAAAUGAUCAAUUAGAUCACAAAUGAAUUAGUUUAUUUGAAACCACUACAAAAAAAAUUCAAUUUUCCCCUUGUAUAUUGAAGGAAUAUAUAAAUGACUUGCUUCUUGAAUAAGAUAUAGCUUAUUGAUCAAGCAUAUAAGUGUGUAUUUUAUUCAAUCUCUUGCCAAAUAAGGGUGUCUUGUUAGUGAAAAAAAUAUGAAAACUGGUCUCUAAACAUUAUUUGUUUAGCAGCAUAGGAAGUUACUUACAAGUGUUUGUUUAAGGUUGUGGAGUAAGGUAGUGCAGUUCCAUACCUAAAAAAAAUGAAUUAAUACAUGUUUUGAAGUUAUUCCCUCUAAUUAUAUGAAUUUGUACAGUGUGAUUCUUGUCAAGAAAGACAGCAGGAAUUUAAUUUUUGCAUUUGUAGGCUUGUUUAAGUUUUAAUUAAAAAUCUUGAAUAUCUACUGAAUUUGUGUUUACUCAAGCAUCUUGUGUCUGGUUAAGGCAGCGAUUUGCAUAGUACGUAUCUUGUGUUUUUUAUACUUUAAGAAUAUACUUAACCAUAUUUGUUGUUUCAAAGAUCCUGCAAAAGUUGUAUUUUCUAUUUGCACUUAUUCUAUGCAUUUUUUUUUCUAUUUAAUUUCAUUGAAUAUUAGAUGGAUCAGUUAAUAUGUGGUAUGCAUUUUCUGGUAGGUUUAUUUGAAUGAAAUCAGUUCUUUUGAAGCAGCUUUUUGUUAGAUGUGAAGUGAGUGUACAGACAUUUCUUGCUAGGCUAGAAUAUUCAAGUUACGAAGCACAGGCUCACACUAGUUACUAACUUCUGUUUUUUUAAUGUGAUGCCAGCAGUAAAAACUGGCUGGAAAAUUACUGGCUUUACAACUCUCUGAAAGUAGUAUUUUAGAAAUGAUGGUCAUUGAUGCAAAUACAGCCAAAUAAUUCAAAUAAUUUAGUUGAAUUAUAUUUGUUAUCCUCUUAUGUAAAAAUAAUAGGUGAUAUUUGUUUGUACUUAAUAUAAAUUGUAAGCAAUGUGUUAUCUCAGUAUCUAUGUUUGCUUCAGUGAGUGUGAGUGAAUAGGAAAUGAAUACUUUUGAGAUACAAAUAGCCUUUCUUUCCUAAGUUGUUUUGAAAUAAACUUGUUUUCUGGUUGGUAAUCUUGGAAUUGCCCUUCCUAGGAAGGCUGACGUUUAUUACUGACCUCAUAUUGCCUAUUGAGAAUAUUUACCUAGACUUUCUCCUGUAGCAUUGUCCUGGUUCUGAUACUCACUUUAAAACAACUACUUUUCUUUAUAUAAGGUAUGACACCAGCCUCUAGAAGUUUUCCCCAUGUCGUGUUCUCUUCGAGGCCAACUGUAACAUCAAAGAACCAGAAUCAAGUGAAUAAUCACAAAUUUGCUUCAGAAAUUUUGUUCUCGUGUUUGUAUUUUGACUAAAGUUCUAAUAUGGUUUUAAACUUAUUUACCCAAAUUUUGAUUGAUGAGCAGGCUAUUAGGUUGUUGUGGCCUUGCACUAUUUCCAACCCUCAGAAAAUGGGAGUAAAUUGAUGUGAUUGGCUACGUUAAAUGCAACCAGCUUUUGCGGCAAGGCUUGAGGAAUGCUCACAUGGACCUAGAUUUUUAUAAAUUGAUGGUGAGUAAUGGUGUUAUUGCUUUAUGAAAUGGUUUAGCCGGGAGUUUAGCUUGUUCUGAAGUUAAUGUCUUCAAUACUUGAGCUGGAAUAUUGUCAGGACUUUGGCUGUUAUAAUGAUAGAAAUGAGAAUGAUCAUGCAGUUCCUGGCGGAUAAUGUUGGUGUUACCUGGAUUCUCUGAGAGUUACUAUCUGUUUGAUUUCUUGUAGAGAGUGUUGCAAAUACCAGUUAAUGUUUCGACUGCAUGUUAGUCAUAGAUGAACUCUAGCCUCUUCAAUUUCAUUAUUUUGUGCAUGUGUCCAACACUAGGUUAGUCCUAAAUGUAGCAGAGUUUCAGAGCUUUGACCCAAUCUAUAGAGAUUGCCUGGUUCAGAAAAUGACACAUUUUUUAAAGCCUGCAUUUGGGUAGUCCUGUAACCUCCCUUUAGGCAAACUUGAACAUAAAAUGUUGCUUUCUGUGUAGUCAUCUAUAUUCUUAAGUGGGAAAGAAAUUUAUAAAAAUCUAGGUCCAUACAGUUGCUGGUUUUGAUAGAAAAGGUGUAAAAUAGAAAAUUAGAGAUUUUUUUUAAGGAUUUAAUUCUGUGUGCAGUACUCAAUGAGUUUGAUUAAUUUUGAGAGAUCCUUUUUAAUUAUUCUUUUUGCAGCACCACAGUUAUUAUUUAUAAUUGUCAUUUCAUUCAUUUUGGAUUCAAGUCUUUAUAUAUUUUUGGGAUUUACUUGCUUGUAUUUAAUUGCAUUUAAUAGGUUGGAGAAGAAACCUGACAAUGUACUGAAUUGUCCCAGCCCCUCUUUUUCCCACUCUUCCUUCUAUUCAAGAGAGUAGGGCCAAAUUCUACUUGAUGGACAUUUUUCUUUAAUGACGACUUUGGCUUGGCAUCAGAGAGACUUACAGAAAUGUUGAUCAUAAGAUAGUAAUGACAAGACAUAGGAAUACAAUUAGGCCAUUUGACCCAUCAAGUCUAUUCUGUUAUUCCAUCAUGAAAGAUUUAUUAGCCUCUCAACCCUAUUCUCCUGCCUUCUCCCCAUAACCUUUGAUGUCCUGACUAAUCAAGAGCCUAUCAACUUCCACUUCAAAUAUACCCAAAGACUUGUCCAAUGAAUUCCACAGAUUCACUACCCUCUGGGUAAAGAAAUUCCUCCUUAUCUCUGUUCUAAAGGGAUGUCCUUCUAUUCUGAGGAUGUUAUCUUUAGUCCUAGAAUCCCCCACUAAAGAAAACAUCCUCUCCACAUCCACUCUGCCUCAGCGUUUCGGUAUUUGAUGGGUUGCAAUAAGAUCCACUUUCAUUCUUCUAAACUCUGGUGAGUACCUGCCCAGAGCCAUCAAAUGCUCCUCAUAUGUUAAUCCUUUCAUUCCCAGGGUCAGUCUUGACGUGUUCAAAUAUUCAGAAGUCAAAAUUAAAAAUGAAGUGCACAAGUUUUUGAUAAGAUCUAAAUUGCACUUCUAACAAAACAAAAACUUCAUUUCAUAUCCAUGGAGAUCUAAACUGACACGGCAUCUGCAGGUGGAUUGCCUAGUGUAAGUGCUAGGGAGCUGCAACAAUUUAACAGUCUGCCAAUAAAUGCCAUGAGGGGACAUUUAUUAAGUAUAUUUGGAAAAAUGCUGAUAAAGGUUGGUCAGUAUUUUGAGGGAAUUCCCAAACCUUAUGCCAUUUUCUUGCAACAUUGUGCCAUUACAUUUAAUGUAUUUUUUAAAGGGACUUGUACACUUAUUCACUAUUUUUUUAAUAAAGACAUUUUUCAAA